AUGGAAAGUGAUGAAUGCAGAGAGGCAUACCGAAAGGUAUUCGAACAGCGGAUGUACCAGGGACGGCUUGACUCCCUUUUGGAACAGGAUGAGUGUAGUUCUCUGCAAGACGCAUACCUGGCUUCUCUGCCGCGUGAUAAAUGUGCUAGAGCUCACCGAUACCGCAGUGUCGGCACUGGCUUCCCCGCAUUCGUCACCUGUGGCUGUGGAGGCGAGCUCUGGGGAAGGGAUGGUCCACUUGAAUUGAACUUUGCUGCAGUUCUGGGCCACACGCUUCUACAUUUUGGUGCAGAAGCUGCAUGCGCGGUCUGUAUCAAAACGGGGAUCGUUUGUCUAUUUCGGGCUUGGUUGCUAAGCGACACCAGUGACCGUGGUCUAAUCGGCGUAGCCUGUGCUGCAGCUUGCGAGUGUGUCUCUAGGAGUUAUCUGCUAUCAGAAGCCGGUAAUGCUCUGGUUCGGGAGAUAUCUCUGGACUGUCCUGGGCGUUGUAGGCAACAAGCUACAGCAUGGUGCCAGGGAAUGGGAGCAGAAGAUACCUCCCUUGAUUUGCUUGCCGAUGUUACUGGGGAGCUGAGAGGCUCGUUCCGCAACGACCUGACCUCCCUCUGUAAUACACCUGGGGUAUACUUACCACCUGGUUAUGCCACGCUGGAUCCUUACACAAAAGGGAUUGCUAGUUUGUACUACUUUGCAGUGUCAUUUGGUCCCGGGGAGGACUCUGGCUUAAUUGCGCCCAUAAUCAGCUGGUGCAUGGUUAGUGAGCUGGCAUCGCAAUUCAGCCAGUCCAAUGUGAACCAAAAUACAGAGUCUGCCCAUCUUUGCUUUGCACCAUUGGCAGGACCGGCCCUUAAUAGUGUGCUUGCAACCAGAGCCCAAGCAAAUAGACCCGUACGCCGAUCAGUCUUCCCCACACUGGACGCCUAUAUUCGCGAACGCAUGGCCGAUGGAUUCUGGUAUGCGGCGUAUGCUGCAGCUGAUGCAGCGGCGGCGGAUAGUUGGUAUCUCUCCCGCGAGUCUGUGCCAACCCAUAAGUAUGCAACUGACUCGGUGUGCGCAUUUGAUACCUUUUCCCAUUCCCGUGCGCUCAUAGAAGAUGCUCUAUAUGACGCUACCGAUUACAGGCGGGAAACAGAGACUGGAGUGCCUCCCCCUUCGCCGGAUGCCUAUCAAGAGGUCCUUUUCAGCUCUGGUUAUAUUGCUCUAGCAUCACAAGUAUGGGGAGCACCUGUACACCUCGAUUUGAUGCAACGCCAGGCCGUCCACCGUACUUUGACAACCCACUGGUAUGCUGGCGUAUGGCAUGAUGCGUUGUUUGCGUCCACCCUUCCUGGGGCACUCUACCGGGAGACGGUCCGCACUAAAGAACUGGGCCGGUUCACUGGUGAUCAAGUGUUCACCGGCUGUGGGGAAGAGUGCCCUUGUCCUCUACGUUACCAUAAAUAUGGCCUGGGGGCGACGUUAUCAUGGACACGCCAAGCUUGGUGUGGUCAGUCUGAUCCUGUGGCGCCAUCGGAAUCGAGAGCAUUCGGCAACUUUGUUGACGGAGUGCGGACCAUCCUUCGCUGCGGGGAAGGGAGACAUGACCCCCUGUCUCGCAUGGAUAAUCCCGGGGCUCUGCCAACAAGGAAAGCAUGUAUAGGUAAACUGGCCCAAGUUCGCUGUCAAAUUAUCCAUCUACUUGUGUGGUGCGCGCUGGACAGCCAGUCAGACAAACCACGAACCACGGUCUUGCACUAA